AAUAUGCCAUCAUAUGGUAAGUUCUUUAAUGACUUGGUGACCAAGAAGAGGAAGUUCGAAGAUGGAGAGAAGGUGGUUGUGUAUGAGGCGGCAAGUGCAAUGCAACACGAUCUGCCCAAGAAGGAACGUGACUCCGGUGGUUUCAUUAUCCAGAUAGCCUUGGGGAACGGGAAGGUAGCUUCAGGGAUGGUUGACCUCAGAGCCGAAAUCAAUCUCAUGCCCUUCUCGAUUUUUCAAAGGCUCGGCCUUGGGGAUUUGAGGCCAACUCGCAUGUGCCUUCAGUUAGCAGACCGUUCCAUCAGGUAUCCCAAGGGAGUAGUCGAGGAUGUUUUCGUGAAGGUGGGAAAGCUUAUUAUUCCAGUGGACUUCAUUGUGCUCGACGUCGGGGAUGUGCACGAGAACGGGAAGGAUCACACCAUCCUUCUCGGGAGACCUUUCAUGGCGACAAUUAAUACCCUCAUCGAUGUGAAGAAUGGUACUUUGAAUAUGACUGUUCUAGGGGAGUCGGUGUCUAUUUCCGUCCAAUGGGCCAUGUCUUCAUCUUCUGUCAAUUUUAUUGAAGAAUGUGCUUUUAUUGAUAUUGCUGACCCUUUUGUGGAUGAGAUGGUAUUUCAAGAGUUCGAAGACGUCUUGUUGCCGGCUUUUGAGGAAGAGGAAGAGCCUAUAGUGGAGCUUUUUGAAGUAGGAGAAGGUCAUACCCGAGCUGAGACCACACUCGAGCUUAAGGAGCUGCCCAAGCACUUUAAGUAUGUUUUCUUGGAUGAUGCCCAUCAGAAGCCGGUGAUCAUUUUUGCUGAGCUCGACAGUGAGGAAGAGGAGGAGCUGAUACGCAUGUGCAUUGACUAUAGCCGACUAAACGCUGUGACCAAGAAGGACCACUUCCCGUUGCCGUUCAUUGACCAGAUACUUGACCGUCUAUCGGGCCAUCAGUUCUACUGCUUUUUGGAUGGGCUUUCCGGCUACUACCAAGUGGCCAUAGCACCCGAGGAUCAGCCCAAGACGACAUUCAC